GUUCAAAACAAACUCCCCGCCGCCCCAAUCCCUCUAUUGAGAUCUUCUAAAUACAUAUCUAUAUGUAUAUAUAUCAAAGUGUUAUACUCUGCUGCGUGUAUAUAUUUAUUUACAUACUUCGUACAAGAGACCUAAAACUACUAUUAAAACGCACUCGAGAAGCGGAGAAUAACGUAGGGCACAUUUAACAGCUGCGUUUUUAGUCUCUUGUCAAUCGCGACGUGAGGCUUUUAGAUAGCGAACUAUCAACUGAUUUAAUAUAUAUAAAUUUAUAUACAAGACUUAAAAUUUGCGUUUUAAAAGUAUGAAGUUCUGGACGACUGAGCACAUUUUUCCUCACUCAUGGACUAAGGUCACCGAAGCCAGUUGGAGGAAAUACAAUGUUCCCUUAAGUGAGGUGCUACUACCACACGUCCUUGCAACGGAUGUGAUAGACCGUUCAGUGAGUGACAAUGGGGUCAUGUCCAGUACGCGAUUGUUUACCGUGGAGUCGGUCAUACCUUCAUGGAUUCGCCCUAUAAUUGGUGUUAGUGAGUCGUGUGGGUAUGUGUAUGAAACCUCUGAGGUCGAUCCGAGGCAGAAAAUAAUGGUAUUGAGGUCUAAGAAUAUCACAUUAAAUAACUAUGUGAGUGUUGAAGAAACCUGUACGUAUACACAGUUGGAUGACAACACCACACACUUCAAGCAGGAGUGUCAAAUAAGUGCCAAUAUAAGCUAUCUGGCAUCUAGAGCCGAAACAGCUGUGAUGGAUUCGUUUAAGAAAGGAGCAGAAAAAGGACGAGAUACAGUGGAGAAGGUCUGUCACUUUAUAGAUACAGAGGUUGCGGAAGUGGAGAAAGCGCUGGAAAGUGUGCUGCAUCUAGAAAGACCAGUUAAAUCCAAUGACGAUUCGGCCACUGAGUGAGGUCGUAGAAUUUAUGUACAGAACGUCAAUGAACUAUCCACAAGGGCGUAUUUAGAGUAAAUACUUUCACAGGAAAUUAUACUCAAAUGUUACAUUGAGAACCGGCUUUUACAGGGAUUUAAAGGGCUGUCAAGAUUCAUUUACCGAAAGACAGUGGCGGGAGGCCAGCCCAAUUAUGCGAUUUCAGUGACUGAAUGGAAAAAUAUCAGUGGCGACACUGCUUUAUCCAUAACGUCAUUUCAUCACAUCACCGCAUUGCGCUAUACAAUUACGAAGCUAUUUGAUUGUGGGCAUCUAAGCUUUUAGUAUAAAUAUCUGAUUUGUUAUGCGGUCGCUCACACAUUGUCCUAAGGAUGAGGGCAAUGUAUUUAUAAGAACUGUUAUACAUUUAAUAUAUAUGUAUAUGUAUA